AGAGAGAGAGAGAGAGAGAGAGAGAGAGAGAGAGAGGAGAGAAAAGAAAGGAGAGAGAGAGAAGAGAAAGGAGAGAGGAGAGAAAAGAGAGUGAGAGAGAAAGGGAGAGUGAGAGGGAGAAAGAGGCAGAGGGAAGAGAAAAGAGAGGAAAGAAAAGAGAAAAGAGAGAAAGGAGAGGAGAGAUAAAGAGUGAAAGGAGAGAGAAGAGAGAAAGAAGAGAAGAAAGAAAAGAGAGGAGAGAAAAGAGAGAGAAGGAAAAAAGAGUGAAAGGAGAGAGAAAAGAGAGAGGAGAGAGGGAAAGAAGAGAGCAGAGAAAAGAGAGAGAAAGGAGAGAGGAAAGUAAAGAGAGAGAAGGAGAAAAGAGUGAAAGGGGAGAGAAGAGAAAAGAGAGGAGAAAGGGAGAUAGAGAGGAGAGGGAGAGAGAGAGAAAAGAGAGAAAAGAGAAAGAGAGGAGAGAAAAGAGAGGGAAAGGAGAGGGAAGGAAGAAGAGAGAGAGGAAGAGAGGGGGGAGAGGGAGAGAGGUGUAUGCAAGUGAGCAUGUUCUGGGGCAUGUAUUCGUUUAAAAAAAAAAAGCCCAGUUAGCUAAUAUUGAAAAGGAAAAACAAAAAGGAAAAAACAAAACAAAACUAACAACUCUGCCUAUCUCCAAAUUUGAGCCCCUCCCCUCAGCAUGUGAGCUGAAAAAGAGAAUGACACAUGUGCUGUUUCCUUUCCCAGUUGUCGAAGGGUCAGGAACCAGACAAGAACAAGAGGAGACUUCUCCAGGAGACUCUUGCCUUUUACUGAUACUUCCAGCUGUUCUGCUCAAUCUCUCCAGCCUUCCCUACACCAAAGGAGAUCAGUGGCCCAGGGCGCUCUGGAGUCUGUCAGUUAUGAGUAACCCAAACAGCUCAGCCGUCAAUGACAACGGAGACGUGAGACUCACUUCGGUGACUGAAAUUGCCAUUAUUACCGGUGUGAUUGCUGCUGUGGCCUUUGUCCUCAUCUGCCUCCUGCUUGUAAUUCUGCAUUACAUGUUCCGGCACAAGGGCACCUACUACACAAAUGAAGACAAGGGGACAGAGUUUGCAGAGAGUGCUGAAGAAGCCCUGAAAAAUGACCCGAACCUUCAAGAACCUGGAGAUGAGAGCAAAAAAGAAUAUUUCAUAUGAGAAAAAAAAAGAAUGAUUUCUCCCUACCUAAAGAAAAGUCACCAUACAGAGAUUUUUUUCAUAGUGCUCCUCAUCCCAGAGGAUACACCUUCCAACCCUAUAUCUGCGAGAGAGGAGAGCCCCAUGCUAUGGCUCUUUUGAGGGGAAGCUGCAGCUACCACCACCCCCAUUUCAAGGCCAUUUUCUUUUUUCAGGGAGAACUGAAUGCCAGAUUGGGGGUUAUUGAUUUCAUUUGCAAUACAGAUGGUCACCGUUAAAUUCAAUGUCAGAUGGAAGCAGGGGCAUGGGGUAGGGGAGGGAGUGGAACAGGAAAUUUAAUCAUUAAUAUACUGACAGGGCAUAAUGAUAUCAAAUGUCAGUCCUUGACAUCUAAGGAAAACAACAGGUGCCAAUGCAAAAAAGGAUGCCUUAGCAGCAGAGAUGCGCAUGUCCCACUGAUAUAUAGCAGAGCUAUUGGAAAUAAAUUUUAUAUGGUAAUAGAACAUUCUGAACCAGAUAACAUUGUGAUUAUAUGGAAAACCAGAAAACAUGGCUCAGUGUCCUGCCAGAGACUUCUCA